AUGAGCAGCAAGGCGACGAUGCGCGCGGUGUCGGUGGGCGAGCCGGGGCACGGUGGACCAGAGCUGCUCUACGUGGCAGACGACGUGCCCAGGCCCGAACUGAAGCCUGCCCAUCUGCUGGUCAAGAUCAAGGCCACUGCACUCAAUCGUGCCGACACGGUCCAGCGGCUGGGCAAGUAUCCGCCUCCGCCGGGCGAGUCGACGGUGCUGGGCCUCGAGAUGGCGGGCGUGGUAGAAGAGGUAGGCGAAGGCGUGACCUCGUUCAAGGCCGGCGAUCGCGUAUGUGCGCUGCUUGGUGGCGGAGGCUAUGCCGAGUACUGCGUCAUCCACCAGGACACCGCCAUGCAUAUUCCCGAGAACUUGUCCUUCGAAGAGGCGGCGGCCAUUCCUGAGGCCUUUCUCACGGCCUACCAGGCGCUCGUGUGGAUCGGCGGCCUCGCGGCCAACAAGCGCGUCCUUAUCCACGCCGGGGUAAUCAUCACGGCGUCGAAGGAUAAGCUGAGCUUCUGUCAUGAGUUGGGCGCCGACGAGACCAUCGACCGCAAUGAAAACGAGGGCAAGUGGGUCGACAAGGUGCUCUCGCUCACCGGAGGCAAGGGCGUCGACGUCAUCAUCGACUUCGUUGGAGCGUCCUACUGGGAGCAGAACCUGGCCGCUCUCGCCAUGGAUGGCACAAUGGUGAUGCUGGCGUUCUUGAGCGGCUCCCAGAUUCCCAGUUGUGAUAUUGCGGCCAUCCUGCGCAAGCGGUUGAACAUUCGUGGAUCAACGCUCAGGGCGCGCUCGCUUGACUACAAGGUGAAGCUUACCAAGUUACACGAUAUGGGUCAGGAAUUUGAGGCAUUUGCAAUGGACAAGUUCAAGGAGGGGUACAUGGAGAGCAAUCAAAGUGUGGGCAAGAUUGUGCUCAACGGCAUGUAA